UCCUUUCCAGGUGUCCACCAUUGCUAUUGUCUUCUUUUAUCUGUAAACAAACACGAUCAAAAGCAAAGAAAAUGGAUUCUUCUCUUCCUUUCUUCUCCUUCGUCUCGUUUCUUAUCAUCUCCGCCACAUUUCCAUUCGCCGCGACUUCCGACACCAUCAAAGUCUCCCUGUCUCCUUCACACCACCACCACUCUUCCUCCUCCGACCCUUACCAAAUUCUCAACAACUUGGCCACUUCUUCAGUCGCCAGAGCCCAUCACCUCAAACACCACAACCCCAAAACCAACAUUACAUCUUCUCUUCUCAAGACUCCACUUUUUCCUCACGGUUAUGGCGGCUAUACUGUCUCUCUCAGCUUCGGAACUCCGCCGCAAACCCUUUCUUUCAUCAUGGACACUGGUAGCAGUCUCUCUUGGUUCCCUUGCACCUCUCGUUACCUUUGUUCCCAAUGUGCUUUCCCUAAUGUCGAUCCAUCAAAAAUCCCUACUUUUUCGCCAAAACUUUCGUCUUCCGGUAAGCUCGUAGGUUGUCGAAACCCAAAGUGCAAUUGGCUGUUUGGUCCCAAUGUUGAGUCUCGUUGCCAAGACUGUGAUGGUCCAACAUCGAAAAACUGUAACCAAACUUGCCCUCCUUACUUAAUUCAAUACGGUUUAGGUUCCACCGGUGGACUUUUAUUACUAGAAAACCUUGUCUUUCCUCCUCACAAAACUUUCCAAGAUUUCCUUGUCGGGUGCUCCAUUGUUUCCAACCGGCAACCCGCUGGAAUAGUCGGGUUUGGUCGGAGCCCUGAAUCUUUACCAUCCCAAUUACACCUCAACAAAUUCUCUUACUGCCUCGUUUCCCGCCGGUUCGAUGACACCAAAGUCAGCAGCAACAUGUUGUUAGAAACCGGGUCGGGUUCAAAUGAUACCAAGAUCCCAGGUCUUGGCUACACACCGUUUUACAAGAACCCCAACCCAGCUUUCCAUGAGUUCUACUACGUAACCAUACGUAAAAUCCUUGUCGGCAACAAGCAGGUCAAAGUUCCGAACAGUACUUUUGUCCCAGGACCGGACGGUAACGGAGGCGCCAUUGUCGAUUCAGGGUCAACAUUCACUUUCAUGGAGAGACCUGUUUUUGAGUUGGUAUCGAAGGAGUUUGAGAAACAAAUGGGAAACUAUAGCAGAGCUCGUGAAGUUGAAAACAUUUCAGGGUUAGCUCCAUGUUUCAAUGUUUCAGGCCAUAGAUUAAUGGACGUCCCUGAAAUGAGUUUUUAUUUCAAUGGAGGAGCCAAAAUGGGGUUGCCUUUGGCUAAUUAUUUCUCAAUCGUCGGUGAUGAUAAUGUCGUUUGUUUGAUGAUUGUUACUGAUAAAGGCGUCGGUGAAGGUGCCCGUAGCGGUCCGGCGAUAAUAUUAGGAAACUUUCAGCAGCAAAAUUAUUAUAUUGAAUUUGAUUUGGCAAAUAAUAGGUUUGGGUUUGCUAAACGAAACUGUGCAUGAAAUGCAAGUUUUCUUAAAGUAUUUGUAUUAAAUUAUGUUAAACAGUAUAUUUUAUAAUGAAAUAAAAGUUUGUUUAAAAGAA